AUGAAUGAAAUAACAGAAAAAUCUAUAUUUGAAGGACAUCCAUUCAAAUGUCGAGUCGGUUUUACACGUGGACAAAAUCCUAGUACACCGACAACUGUUAGUCCAAAAACAAAUCUACUUAAAGGUGAUCUAUUUGUAAUUAAUUUAAAUGAUGAUGAUACAGAAAAAAUUGUUAUGGAAGUUGAUCGUGUUGAUGAAGAACGUCAAAUUCAAACUAUAUAUCCAGAAAUUUUUAUUGAUGAAUCAAUUAAAAAAACAUUUACAAGCAUAAAAUUUCUUACAAAUCAUUAUAUGGUACAAAAAGUUGCAAGAAAAGAAGAUUUUGCUCUUUAUUUAGUUGAAAUGCAAGUUAAAGAACAAUAUUUUAGUCGUGGUGAUAUGUGGCGUUUUACACGUAAACUAGUUAAUACGACAGUCUAUUUAAAGAAAACACUUGAUAUAUUUGGCAUGCGAACUACUGUCUAUGGUUUAUGGGUACCGGACUCACCCUAUCGUGUAUCUUCUGGUUAUAUAACAAAAGAUACAAAAAUUGUGUUUCGUUCAUUAAGUGCUUCUUGUACUAUAUUUUUACAAAUGUCAAAAGAAAUGUGGGAUUUCGAUCAUCGUGGUGAUACAUAUUAUGAAAAAGCUGUUGAUGGAUUUUUUUAUGAUUUAUUUAAUCGAUGGAAGCUCAUGCUCUGUCAACAUGAUGUUACUAUGACAUUAUUUAGUCGAGUUUUUUAUGAUGCAAAAACUUUGGAUGAUUUUCCUCAAAUUUUACAACAACAUAUUAAUGUAGAUCAUCGAGGAAGAUUUUAUGAAGAUUUCUAUCGUGUAAUUUAUCAAAAUGAACGUUAUGAUGAUUGGUUACCACGUUUAGGUAAAAUAAAACAAGUCAUUAUUAAUUAUAAAGAAGAUCUUAUAAAUUAUCAUAAAAAUCAUUUACCAAAAGCUGAAGCUGCUAAAAUGCCUAAUGGAACUAUAUCAUGUGCAUCUGAUGGAAAUUUUCUUGAAACAUUAAAUUUAUCAUCAAGUGUAUUUGAACGUCAUUAUAUUGAUCGUGCAUUUGAUUGUCUUGGUCAAAUGUCAUUAGUUAUAACACCUGGUGCUGGUGUAUUUGAAGUUGAUCGUGAAUUAACAAAUAUGACUAAACAACGUGUAUUAGAUAAUGGUAUUGGAAGUGAUCUUGUAUGUUUAGGUGAACAACCAUUAUUUGCUGUACCAUUAUUUAAAUUUUUUAAAGAAGAUCCUAAUACAGCUGAUGAUUAUCAAAUACCACAUUGGAUGAAUUUAAGUUAUUAUCAUAGUUCAACUGCACCAUCAUGUUUUAAACGCUAUAUUCCACGUCUACCAUUUGAUACAAAUCGAAUUCAAAAUGGAAUGUUAGAAGUUAAAAAUAUUAUGAAUUCAAUCGAAGAAAAUACAUUUACAAAACCACCACAUUUAUCCAUGGAAGAAUAUGAUGCUCAAGUAUUUCGAACAUCAACAAAAAGUGCAAAAGAUAAUAAAUCUUCAAGUAGAACAACAGCAAAAGAUGGUGAAGCUCGAAAACCAAGAAAACGAAAUAUAACUAUGAGUCCUACGCAUCCAGCAUCUAUUGAAGAAGAAGACGAUACAUUACAUGAACCUAAUGGAAUGUUAAUUGUUAAUAAUAAAACAUCAUCAUCUAUGGGAAUAAAUGAUGAUCCACGUCAAUUUAAUGUUAAUGUUAAAGAUGAUAUAUAUCUUUCAACUUCACAUACAGCAUCAGCUAGUCUAGCAGGAAAUCUUCAAUAUCAUAAUACAUAUAAUCAAUCAGCACAAGUUUUAUUUUAUAAUCCACAAAGUUUUUUACGUGCUGCACGAAGUGCUGAUACAUAUUUUUUAACGACUAUUUUAUUAGCUCGUAUGCAUUCACGACCAAAAGCAUUAACUAAUCCAUUUGCACCAGCUAGUAUACGUAUACCAAUGGUACCAGGACGACGUCGAUGGGCACAUACAUUUCCAAUAGGUCCCAAUAAAAUUCCAUGGCAUUUUCAUCAUUUACGUAAAAUGGAAGGUGCAAUAAGACACGAAAUGCUUGUUAAUAUUAGUACUUGUGCUCAUCUCGUACUUCCGAGUACAUCAAAACGAAUUAUAAAUGGUUUUAUAUCAAAACGUUCACACCAACAUACAAAAGCAAAUAGUGACGCAUCUUCUCGUCCAAAACGUAUUGUUAGUCCAUCGAAUUUUGAAAUAAAACGUGAACCAACCGAUCGUAAAGAUAGUUCUACAGAUGAAAAUCGAACAAAUCCUAAUGGUAUAAAUAUGAGAAAGUUAAAUAGUGAUAGUACAAAUAAACUCCCAUCAUUAAAAAAAGAAAAGAAAGAAGCUAUAAUUUGGGGACCAACUGGUGUUGAACCAUGGAGUGCAUCAAUGAUAACUGGUAUUGAUUGGAAAUCUUUAACAAUACCAGCAUCUCUUCCAACAACAUUUGAUGUUGAACCUUCAGAGGAUGAUCUAAAACGUGAUUAUACACAUAAUUCAUAUGAACUUAUUCAUUCUUUACCACCAUUACAUGAAUAUGAACGAAACAGAAGACAUGUACAUAAUGGAAGUGGAACUCAUGACAAAUUAAUUCCACCUGAUCCAAUGGAACGUCAAAGAUCAGUAUUUGAUGAAUUAAUUGAUCAACGUUUAUCACAGGGUUUUCAAAUGAUUAUUGAUAUUCCACCUCAUAUUCGUAAAUUAAUGAUUGAAAAAAUUCAACGUGUUGGUUAUAAAGAAACUGAAUAUAAUCGUUUAUUAAGUAUUGGUCGUAUUUAUCAUACAUUGAGUCUUGUAACAGAUGAUAAUCAAGCACAAGAUACUGUUGUUAUAUGUGUUCAACAAUUUAAACCUCAAUAUGUUUUUCAACCUAAAGCAGUUCAAUAUAAAUAUCGUUUUCAAUGCCCAGAUGCAUCUAAUUAUGAGCCAGAUUGUUAUGAAUUAAAACUUGAAAGUUUAGAAUCAUUUCCAUGGAAUAUUGUUGAUAAUGCUGUGUGCAGUCAUGGAAUGGGUGAUAAUAUACAUUCUGAUACAAUGAAAUUCUGGCGUACUCGUCUAGUCCUUAUGCCUGUGUCAAAAGAUUAUACAAUAAAAAAUAUUGAAUCCGGUCAAAGACGAUGUGAUAGUCGUCAAGAAAUGUCACAUGAAGAUUUUUUUCUUUAUGUUGAACAUUUUAUUCGAUUUUUAGUUAUGCUUAAUAAAUUAACACGUAUACGUGCUGGAACAAAUGAGUUUUUUCAUCGACCACUUGAUCCAGUAACUGGCUUAAAACGACAUGAUUGUCAUAGACGACAAGGACGACAUUCAAUACCAUGUAAAACAUUUAAACUUGAUGGUAUUAUGUCAGGAGACGUGAAUGCAAUAAAUAAUCUCUUAACUUUAUGUCGUGAUGAACAUCAAGGCUUAUUAUUUAUUAAAGAUCCAGUUCUACCAGAAUAUUCAUUUAUUGCUGUUGAAGCUGUAUGGUGGUCUAUUGAACACAGUGAUGAUAUACAAAAUGAACAAACAGGCUUAUCAUUAUUUCAAACAUUAUUUCAACGUGGAUUUAUUCGACAUUGUACACAUUCAGAGACUUUAUUUCGUUUUGGUUUUUUUCUUUAUUAUAUUGUUACAGAUAAAACACCAAAUUUUCGUCUUGAUUCAAAUGAAUAUGCUGAAGUUGAAUUUCAUCAAACUCAACAUUAUAUUCCAUCAAUGGAUUAUUUAGGUUUUGGUGAAUGUAAAUCAAUGCGUUUAUUACCAAAAUUAAUUGUUAAUCAACAAUUAAUACCACGACCCACUCUAUUAGCAACAUCACGUGCAGCUGCAAAUACAAAUUCUAUUAAUGUGAAUAAUACUUCACAAAAUACAACAUCAACAACGCAAGAUACAACAUCAACAACACAAGAUACAACAUCAACGACACAAGUUACAAUAUCAACGACACAAGAUCCAACAUCAACAACACAAGAUACAACAUCAACAAUGUUAAAACGUACCUGUCAUGUUGAUGCGGAUCAAAAACAUAUAUCUGACAGACGUGAAUGGGCAACAGCACAGCAUCAUGCAUAUUAUAAUCCACAUUGUUUAUUUGAAAUUGAAAUUCGUUGGCUUGUUGUAACUUCAUGUAUACUUGGUGAUUUAAUUACAAAUUGGUCACAACGUACAGGAACAAUGCUUGGUUCAAAUCAAGUUGCAUUUCAUCUUAUUCCUAUCCCAUGUGAUCCAUUUGCUGAAUUCGAUCCUUUACGAGGUAUUGACAAUAAUUAUGCUUUAUAG